UAAAGUACUGUUAAUGUUACCAGUUUGACUAAAACCGCAAUGAAAAGCGGAACCAUCGUUUAUUCGAAUAGUUAAAGUAUUUUUUCUAUCAAUUUUGUUUGAAUCAGAUUAAGUUUUUACCAACGAAAACUACGAAAUUCGAUACUGCAGAUUUCGAAGCUAACAUAAUUGUGCAACAUGUUGAAGACAUUCAGUUCAGUGACUCCGUUCAUAAAAUUCGAUCCUACACGAGUCAUCAUCGACAAUUUGGUAUUCAAAUUCCACUAUCGCUGGACUUUCAUAAUUCUGAUAGUGGCAACAAUUCUGGUAACAUCGCAGCAGUACAUUGGCGAGCACAUCAAAUGCAUAUCGGAUACGAUACCUUCACACGUAAUUAACACAUAUUGUUUCUUCACGCCAACCUUUACAUUGGUUCGACAUUUGAAUAACACUGCAUUGCGCGCAGGUAGCAUUUUUCAACCAGGCAUUGGCCCCCAUGAAGUUGAAGCGGAGCCCAUCAAACGUCAUGCCUACUAUCAGUGGGUUCCAUUUGUCUUGUUUAGUCAAGCACUUACAUUCUAUGUGCCACGGUUUCUAUGGAAAGCAUGGGAAGGUGGACGUGUGAAGUCACUUGUAUUUGGGUUACGCAUGGUCGGUCUAACACAGUAUCUCAAAAAUAAAAGCUUGCAAAUAGGUAACUUGACAAUACCAUCACUUGGAGAGACUGAGGCUCGUGUCAAGGAUAUACGGCGUACGAUGAUAGAUCGUAUGCGUUUAAAUCAAUCGUGGGGCGCUCAUUUAGUGAUGGCAGAAGUACUCAAUUUGUUAAAUGUUAUAUUGCAAAUUUAUUUAACAAAUAUGUUCCUGGGUGGUGCUUUUUAUACACUUGGCUUCGCGGUACUACGUGAGAGAUGGACAGAUAAAAUGGAUGUUUUAGAUGUUGUGUUUCCAAAAGUAACAAAAUGUCAUUUUCAAAAAUUCGGUCCGUCUGGAUCAUUGCAAUUACAUGAUACUCUCUGUGUUAUGGCUUUGAAUAUAAUCAAUGAGAAAAUCUAUGCUAUACUAUGGUUCUGGUAUGCAUUUUUAUUUAUCGUCACAGCUUUAGGGCUCAUUUGGCGUGUAUUAACUUUAUUUUUCUAUAAAAGUAACACAUUCUCAAAAGUUGCGUUCUACUGGGCUAAGCCAGGUCGCAUUGAUGAGCAAGAGUUGGAUGCAGUUAUUCAGAAAUGCAAUUUCUCGAAUUGGAUGUUUUUGUUCUUUUUAAGAACAAAUCUAUCUGAAUUUUUAUUUAAAAAAAUUAUUUUCCAUUUAGCAAGUGAGUUUCCUGAUCCUACCGUGGAUAAUAGCAUCAAUGAACGUUUAGACAAAGCUGCACCCAGUCACACGCAUAUGUCGAAAAUUGAUGAAGUCGAUUAUCCCUUAUUAAAACAUAAAGAUAGUGAUAAAGUAGAAUAGUCUGUAUAUAAGUUAUUGUAUGAAUAUAAAUAAAUACAUAAGUCUGUACAUAUAAGCAUUAUUAUGUAAAACGAAAUUUUUCACAGUUUAGUUAUAAUAUGGAGUUCCUUACAAUAAAUUUUGUUAAGAAAUAAA